AUGUCGUUGAUGUCCUCCAUUUUUGGAACGCUUCUUUCCUUAUCUGUGAUAGUAUUUUUAGUAAAAGCAGAAAGGGCUCGUUCAGUGUCGGCUAUCUUUAUCUUCGGGGAUUCUACGGCAGAUCCAGGCAACAAUAAUGGUCUCAACACCAUUUUUAAAUGUAAUUUUCUUCCAUAUGGUAGAGAUUUUCCCACUCACCAGCCCACGGGAAGGUUUUGCAAUGGAAGAUUGGUCACAGAUUUUAUAGCUGAAGAAUUGGGAUUGAAAGAAACCGUGCCAGCUUAUUUAGAUCCCCAGCUCAAAACCCAAGAUUUGCUAACAGGCGUCAGUUAUGCGUCUUCUGCUGCUGGAUACGACGACCUCACUGCUCAUAAUAAUAAGGCAGUGCCAAUAUGGCAACAAGUGGAAUAUUUCAAAGCCCACGUAGAGAAGUUGAAGAAAGUGGUAGGAGAAAAGAACGCCUCAGACAUAGUCCGCAAUGCACUGUACGGAAUCAGCAUUGGGUCCAACGAUAUUUUGGACAACUAUUUUCUUCUGCCAAUUCGAAGAAAAGAGUUUUCAGUGGAACAAUACCAAGACUUUCUUGUAAAAAAGGCAGAAGAUUUCACAAAGGAGCUUUAUCAUUUAGGUGCGCGUAAGCUUGGAGUAUUUGGGCUGCCUCCUCUUGGUUGCUUGCCUGUAGAACGAUCUGUAAGACUACAGACAACAGAUGUCCGCCCCUGUGUUGAGAAAUUAAACCAGGUGGCCAUGACCUACAAUGAAAAGCUUCAAGCUGUUAUCAGUAACUUGAAGCCUAAACUUCCUGGAAUGAUGAUGGUAUACAUAGAUAUUUACAACGUGAUCUUUGAUGCCAUUCAAGAUCCUGCAAAAUAUGGUUUUGAGGAAUCAACGAGGGGAUGCUGUGGAACGGGACUGGUAGAGGUUGGAUUUACUUUGUGUAGGUUUGAUGGCCAUGAGGCGACAACCGAAUUGAGGCAAGGCGACGACCGAAGGAAGGGGCAGAGGUCGAGGGAGGGUUGGGAGUUCACAGUGAUGGGCUCCCACGGACGCCACUAUGCGUACACACAGUGGCGGUUUGAUGGCCAUGAGGCGGUGGCCGAAUUGAGGCAAGGCGGCGGCCGAAGGAAGGGGCGAAGGUCGAGGGAAGGUUGGGAGUUUGCAGUGAGGGGCUCCUCCGGACACCACUAUGCCUACACACAGUGGCGGCCGCUGUCGUCCAUUGUACGUAAACACAAUGGCGAGCGGUGUCGUCCACUGAAUAUAAAUGGUAGUAAUAAAUAUGAUUGUAGUAGCAGUUUUAACUUCAAUUAG